UAAUACGUUUUGCAUUUAAAUUAUUUUCUUGUUUUUAUUUCUUUGUGCAUCAAAGACAGAAUUUGCUUAUAGUGCUGAAAGCGUCAAAGCGAACACAGCCUAAUGUUACAUUAAUAGCAUCAUACAUAUUUGCCAUCGCGAAAGCUAACAAUUUAACAGUUGUAAAAUAAUUAAUAGAAAUAAUAUCACUUGCGCGAGGCGCUCUUGAGUCGUCUAGUGAUUUGAAAAAGACAUCAAAACUACAUAUAAUUUCUAUAUUUAUUUUUUGUUUAGAAGAUCUAAAAUAAAUAUUGUCUUCCCGACAUGAUGAUAUUUUUAAAACUAUUAUUAAUAAGUAGCGGAUUAAUGUUUAUCUCUGAGGCGGCUUCUAUUCAUAAUGAAUCAUCUUUAUGCUACCAACCAUCAAAAUACAUAAAACCGAUCCAUUACGAUAUCAAGCUUAUAUCAUGUAUUGAAGGACAUAUUUUCUAUGGAGAAUACAAUAUCAGCAUAAGCAUUCUUAACAAAACGCAACAAAUAUUUUUACAAUCAGAAAAAUUAAGUAUUAAAGAUAUAGUUUUAUUUACAAAUGUAAAAAAAUAUCAUGAGUAUGAUAAAGAUACAGUUUAUAAACUGACAUAUAAUAUUGUAGAAGACACAAUUAAUAUUUCGUUAAUAGCUGAGUUAUCACCAGGAAAUUACAUUUUAAAUAUAAAAUAUCAUGGUAUUGCUGAUGAAGUUUUUAGAAUUUACGACGUGAAAGGAAAAAUUGCCUGGGUAGCUGAUAUUCAUUUCCAUAUAAUAUGCACGCGUCAAAGGUUUUCAUGCUGGGAUGAACAGAAUUUAUUGUUAAAAACAACCUUUAACAUAUCUGUAGGAUGUAAUCAAUGUACGGCUUUGUCAAAUAUGCCAUUGCAAAAUGUGGAAGAAAAUGAGUACAAAGUGUUAUGGACACACUUCGCUACCACAUCUGCAAUGUCGCCUUAUCUUGUAACAAUGAUUGUGUCUAAUUUCCUAUCACGUAUUGAUUAUGACAAUCAAAACAUUCAAAUGUGGUGCAAUAACGAAUAUGAGUUUCACAUGAAAUUUGCAAAAAAUUUUGCUGAAAAUAUCACGUUGUUGCUUAAAAAUAAAUGGAAUUUACGUUCAAAGCAAAUUUUAAACGUGACUCAUAUUGCAAUUCCAAAUUUCCAUGACAAUGGCAUAAUAGAUAUCGGACUUGUUUUUUAUAAGGAAACAGAUAUCAUCUACGAUAAAAAUUUAUAUCCUAUUAGUCACAAAAUCGAAGUAGCUCAAUUAAUAGGACGUAAAGUAAUAGAGGAAUGGUUUAAUAUCCCGUUGAAUAGUCUGUUAAUGUCGAAUUUUCUGAUUAAAAGAGGUUUUAAUGCAUUAUUUGCAAUGUAUGCUGUUAAUAUGAGUUAUCCAGAUUCUCGAAUAGGAAAUUUAUUUGUUGUUCAAAAUCAACAUUACUCUUUUAAUUUGGAUGAUUAUUUGUGGAAUUGGUAUUAUUAUAUGGGGAAUUCUACUUUAAAAGUUCACGGAUUAUUGGAAAUUCCCAAUUCUAUCAGAGCAACUUUUAUGCUGCGCAUGAUGGAACACUUAUUCACAGGAGGAACAUUGCAGAAAUUAAUGAGCUCAUAUCACGAGCUAUCACAUCGUUUAAGCUCUGUGGGUCUUGAGUUAAAUGUUACUGAAUCAUUAAAUCAAUAUAUGCAUUAUGAAAUACCGAGAAUAAAAGAUUGGGCUUUGCAAAAGCGUUGCCCUCUCAUUAGAGUAGAACGAGGUUAUAAUGAUUCUAGGGGCCAAACACUAUUAAGGAUACAAUAUACUCGUACUGACAAAAUAAAACUUCGUGACAUUCCACUAACUUUUACUACGGAAACAUCUCCCAAUUUUGACAAUUUCAUUACUCAAUUUUUAUCCGUGUCACAAAUUUCAAAUUACCAUUUAAAGAGAAUGGUUGGGUGAUAUUCAAUAUACAACAAGUUGUAAGCCAACUUAACUGCCAUAUAUUCUGGGAUCUCAUAAAGUAUUUACAUCGAGAAGAAGAUUAU